AUGUCUGGUUCUGAUAAGUUGUAUUCGGAUCUUGAAUUUCCACUGGAGAAUGUGAAUGCUGAUAAAUUGAAAAAUGUGUUCAAAUUGGUUGAAAUCGAUGUUUCUGAAAUUGAGGGACCUUCAAAGGAGCCACAAUCAAGUCUGAUUGAUGAAACAUUGUUAGAUCCAUCAAGCAUACCACAAGAAGGUGUUGAUCUGACCAAAGCAACGUUUGAACAAUACAUAAAGAUCACUGAAGCCAUAAUUCAGAAAGAUCAAAGCACAAGCAUUCCAACAGAAAGUGUUAAAGAGACAGAGCCUGAAGGAGUUGCUCGUGAUGAUUCAAGUGAGGCAGAUAACGAGUCUACAGAGACAGAGACAGAGCUUGAUCUAACAACACUUGGUCGAGGAAAAGCUCAGUUGAAAAAGAAGCCUACAAAGAAGAAGAAAGGAUCUGACGAAGAAGAUUCUACCUACACUCCAUCUGUUGAUGAGCAAAAGAAGUUAAGGAGUAAAAGAAAAGCUGUUCAGACAGGAGUUAUUUCGAGAAACGUUAGAGCAAAGAAAGGUGGUGCUACAUUGCCCAAAGAUCAAGCUAGCAAAAGUGAAAAACAUGUUACAACUUCAAAAGUUCAUGAAGCAAAAAAGGUACAAAGUGUUGAAGUGCCUGUAGUUGAAGUUCAACAGAAAGAAGGAGAUGGUGAUGAUGAAGUGGAAAUUACUGUAGUAAGGGCUUCUACACCUCCACCACCACCACCAGAAAAUCUUGAUAUUCCAGAGUCGUCACAGCAAAAGAAAACAUCACUUCCUAAUAUGUUUGAAGGGUUUCCGAAUAUUAGAGGUGAACUCAAGGAUGACUUUAUUCUUGGUGAUGAAUUUGAUAUGUUUAAUAAUGCGGCUGUAAAAACAUUAGAGAAGAAAGUCAGUAAACUUGAGAAAGAAAAGUCCAAAGCUGAAGCUGAGCGUGACGUGUUAAAGAAACAGGUUGAAGAGUUGACGAAAACAAAUGAAGAAAUAAAGACCGUCAUGAUAAAGCAAGAGAAGAAGUUAAAGAAAUUGAAAGAUGGUGUUCAUGACAAUACACAAUUGUUUGAGAUUCUUUCAGCAGAAAACUUUGAAAUGCGUGAGCAAAUGAGGAAGUUGCAAGAAGUGAAUCAGAUGCUGAAUGGUUUGAUAAGUGAUAUUCAUGAAGCAACGUCAAAUGACAUGAAAGCAAUGAAGUUAGAGAUGGAAGCCAUGAAAGCAGACAAAGUUAUGAAGGACGAACAACUCAACAUGCUAUACACUGUUAUGGAAAGUCAUCUGAACAUUGAUGUUCAUGCUGUCUUCAACAACAUUGAAGUCAAAAGGGCUGAAGAACAUAGAGUUGAAAGAGAAAGACGAUUAGCUGAAGAAGCAACUCAAAGAAGGAAAAGUGUUAUAGUUGAGACUCAAGAAGCAGGUGGUUCUUCGAGUCAAGCAGACGUAGAGAUGGUUGAUGCUGAAGAAGAGCCUAAGGGAUCCGUGCUUGUUGGUGAGUCUUCUACUCUAUCUUUCGAUCUUAAUGAUAUUGUUUGCGGAGUGCAUGUUAUUCAAAAAAAAAAGGCGAAAGAAGUGUUAUUGUUAAAAUGGAAAGAUGAAGAAGUAGUAGAGGAAGAAGAAGAUGAAGAAGAGAAGAUUGAUGAUGAGUUGUUUGAUUAUAUAGACAACAAUCCAGAGGGUAAUGAUGAUGAUGAUGAUCAGGGUUCGUCUGGGUUGUUGAUUGUGAAUCCGUCCGUGCAACAAAAGAUUGAAGAUUUCCUGAAUGAUGAGAUUAAUGAACAGGAGGAGGAUCAUCAACAGGAGUCCUCUUCAUCAGGAAAGCAACACAUCGACCAGGUAUUCCUCACACAACCAACUGUCAUUUAUUUACAUGCUCGGUAUGAGGGGGAGCUAGAGGUGCCUAGGUCUAGGGCGGAGAUGUUAGAGGAGUUGGGCUUAGAUAAUGGGAAAUUUAAGUUUGAUAUUGAAGAUGAGAUACCUCCAUCACCAGAAAGAGAAUGUGAGUUUGUAUAUGCCCAAGAAGCAGAUAAGUACAAUGAAGUUUUAGUUGAAGAGGCAUCUGAUUCGUCUGAUGAAGAAACAGAUUUUCAUUACUCUGGUAUUGAUGAGACAUUUCCUUCACUGGCUGAAAUGUUCAAAGAUCAAAAUGAAGACGAAAUCCAAAGAAAGAUUGUUGAGAAGAUAACAACAGAAGGUGUUCCAAGAACUAUACCUAGAGAGAAUCUUGCUGAAGAGAGAAAGAAGUGGUUUAAAGUUAUGCCAAAGGAAAGGAAGUACAAAAGGCCACCACAAAGGGAGCAAGGCGUACAAUAUUUCGAGUUCUUGGCAGACAUAAAGACCCUCCUAUGGUGGGACGUUGAUGAGUUGGUCCAAACUAAGAACAUAAAGCAAUUUUACUAUGGUUUGGAAGUGAAGCAACAUGACCAACAUCUGUGGGAUUAUGUGAAGCAGCAAUCAAAGGCAAGAUAUCCUGACUGGAAGCCUCAAUAUCCUAAACAGAUUGUUACUAUUCUGGAGAAUGGGGAGAAGGAUAUUACUUUGGAUGUCAAGCCGCCAAGGUGCUUAAAGAACAUGCCUCUAAGAGCUAUGGAACAAGAUUUUCAUGAGGAAUUUCAAGGGUGGUUGUACAAUGAAAGCACAGAGGAAGCAGUGAUCUCGUUAUUUGACAAGUCCACAGGGAUGUCUCGAAGGAUCAGGAUAUUGGAUCCUAUGUGGCUUGUUAACUGCUCAAAAAAAGACAUCGAUUGCUUGUUUUAUAACAAGAUUGUGUACGAGAAGCGAGACAAAGUGCAAGCGAUGCAGUAUCAAAAGAUAGUGGAUAUGUGCUUUGCGAAAGACAUCAACUCCGGCAGGUAUUGGAAGUCUAAGUGGAGAGACUUGGAGAUUGAUGAAUUCUUGAAGAAGUACAAGCGCGAACAGAGAUUCAAAGCUAUUGCUGAGAAAACUGCACAACUCGGAAAGUUCAAGCUCAUGAGACCACCACCAACGGAUCAGACACCGAUCGAAAAGGAGGAGAACAAGAUUCCUAAAUGGGACAGAAAGCGUGACGGUGAUGCAGUGUACAGAAAAUGGUGGAUUGAAGAAGGAAGGCUUCUGAGAAGAAAGAUGUUAGAAGAAAAAGCAGAACAGAGGAGGCAGAGGGCCAAGGAACGAAGACGUAAGAGGAAAGACUGA